AUGGCUAAAGCCGCUAAGGUAUCCCUUGACGAUAUUAAGUAUGCCGCCGAAGCAGGAUACGUCGAUAGCUUUAAAGGCAAGGACAAGGACCUAGCGAAGAAGAGAGCGCGGGAGGCUAUCAACAAAGAUAACGGCGACGAUACUGGCGAAGAUAACGAAUCUAUAGAACUGAGUAGCUCCGACGAGGAAGAUCGUGAUAGUGACGAAGAGGACGAAGAUAUAGAACUGAGUAGCUCCGACGAGGAAGACGAUACCGACGAUACAGAUGACUCCGAGGAUAGUGUUUACGUUACCACAAAGACGAAGAGAGUCUCGGUCACCCGAAGCAAGAAAACCCCAGCGGCAACAAAGCAGGCUCGUCCAGUCACCAAGAAGUCGUCUGCCAAAGAACGUAAGCGUCGUAGGGAUAAUACUGACGACGACACCAAUAGCGACAUCAACAAACGACGUAAGGCAACUGGCAACCACCGUAGCAGCAGGACCAAGGGCAGAGUCUUCAAGGCCGGCAAACUCUCCAAGAGCAAGUGA